AUGCGCGGCCUCGUGCUCCUCUCGGCGCUCCUCUUUGCAUGCGCCGUCUCCGUCGAAGCGUCCGCGGGCUGCGAUACGUGCGCCAACACGGGCAUGUGCGCCCAAGCCUUCAAGGGCGCUCCCGGUCAAUUCUGUGGCCGCUUUAGCGGCGGCGUCACAUGCUGCUGUCCCGCCCAAGCACAGUGCAACAUGUCGCCGUUCGACUGCCGCUGCCGCGCCGUACAGCUCCGAAGCCCCUCGUCAAGCUCGCACUCGGGUGGCAUUUCGCGCGACGAGCCGGCUUACGUCGCGAUCGGCAGCCAGCCGCAGUAUGUUGCCCAGCCGCAGUACGUCGCCCAGCCGCAGUACGUCGCCCAGCCACAGUAUGUUGCCCAGCCUCAGUACGCGACGCCGUACGGCGGGCAGCCUACGGUCGUCUACGCAAACGCACCGCCGGCGCCUGUCGUGUACCAAUCGUACCAGAACAACUACUCUGGCGGCGACGUAGCCCUCGGCGCCGCGGCCGGCCUGGCGACGGGCGUCGUGCUAGCAGAGGCCAUGCACUCCCACGCGUCCUACGACGGCGGCAACUACCAGUCGUACGAUUUUGCCGGCGACACGGGCGGCGGUGACUUUGGCGGCGAUACCGGCGGCGACACCUUUAGCGGUGACUUUUAG